AUAGGAACCGGUGCUUGGGCAUGUAUUACCGUUACCCCACGAUGUCUCAUGGCGGGGAUAUUACAAAUGUUGCUGGGUGUUGUGGUGGCAUUAAUUGAAGCACCUUGUUUUUGUGCUUUUUUGGACUUUGCUCAAACUCCACACAAUUACUUCGAGAGGAAACCGUAUUGGCAUAAGGCAUUGCUGUAUGUCAUUUUAUCGUCGUUCAUUGUAAUAAUUUGUACCGGACUCUCUACCUUCUUUGGAUCAGGGCUAAUUUUUGUUACUGGUAGCCUGUAUGGAAUUAUGUCAUUGGGCAAAAAGGCUAGCAAAGAGGAGAUGAUAGCUAAGUCGUCAAGCAUGUCUAACCUUAUUCGAAAUAAUGAAGAACAAAAAGAUGUGGAAGCUGGACCUGAAACACAAGCAAGAUCUUAAGUUAUUAUUUGUGUAAAUAAUUCAUUUUAGCAGAUGCAAAGAUCUUAUUAAAGUAACUUAUUAAUAGUAAGAGGCUGUAAAGUUUGCGUACAGUGAGUGAUGAGUAUAUAAUAAGCAGUAAAAUUUUACUAUUACGUUGUUAGACUUUAAGCAGCUUUAUUUAACAGUAACAUUUAACUAUUACGUUGUUAGAAUUUAAGGAGCUUUAUUUAACUCUUGCUUGUCAGUUUUCUUAGUUUGAAAUUUACUAAUGGUUCACUAUAGUUUGGUUUGUUUCACCUUAAUAUUAUUUCUAUAUUUGUUAACUUGUGUAAUUAAAUAUUUUAUCCUUAUUACUGAUCUUGCAAGUUUAAGUGUUAAAAUUGAGAUUUCUGCAGGUUGGGAACAGUUUGUAAACUUUAGCUUUUUUUUUUUCUUCUUCCGAUAUUGUGAUCGUAAGUUGUGGAUGGUUUUCCUAACAUUGUCGAACUAGUUAGUUCUCCCGCAGAUUUAGAUGUCGAAAAAAAUGUUUCCUUACUUUUAUAAAAAUACUGAAGUAAUAUGUUAGAACAAUGACAAAAAUAAAUUUGUUCAGCUGUUGCGAAAGUCUUUAAUCGUCAUUUCGGUGUUAACAUAGAAAGGAAUGAGAACAUUCCUGCAAUACAUUAAAACCUUUUAGUCAAUUUAGCUUUACUUGAUUUAAUUAGAAUAUAAAUAAAUAUAGAAUAAACCGAUAUAUAUGAAAUAAAGGUAUUUUUAGUCAUUGAGAUAGUUUUGGAUAAAUUUGAUCGUAUACUUGGUUGCUUAUGCUUCAUAUUCAAAAACUAAAUAUCUAUUUUCAUAUUCUUUAUUUUUUGAUACUUGCUUUGUAUACUGGUGGUCCGAAACUCGAAUCACUUUCCUUUUUUUUUUGCAUUGCGUACAUUCCAGUAACCAUAGUAUUUGAAAUGUUCCUUAUUCAGUGCUGGUAUUGUAUUUUUAGGCUAGAUUUUGUGACUACAGUUAACUAACUGUUUCUCUACUAGAUGUUUUUUUAAUGACUGUGUGUAUAUAUUUAUGGGGACUGUUAUUCAAAAGUGCUACCAGAAAUCCAAAUUUUCCCAACAAACAGUUUCUACUGAACAUAUAAAUUUCUUUACAGAAAAGCUUUCAGGUUGUGAACCAGCCCAAAAUUAAGCCCCGUUUCGAAGGGCCAAACUGGUAUGUAACAUGAAAUGGUUGGUCCAAUAGAAAACCAUUAUACAUAAAGUAAAACAGCGUCAAACCUGACUUCAUUUCUAAAGUCAGGUAAAUACAACAAUCACAAGGUUUAUUCUGUAACAUUUUAAUCAUCUUCGUGAUAAUUCAUAUAGAAGAAUCCAUACGAUCUUGAUAAGGUACUUGUCCAUUUGUUUUUAAAAUAGUAAAAUUAUCGCAUUACAUUUAUACAGUAAACUUUUAAUUUGUUUACAAAAUCUUGUCUAAAACAUUUUUUAAAGUGUUGAUUUUUGGUAUUAGUGUGUGUGUGUGUGUGUGUGUAUAAUACGAAAUCCUUCAGUUUAUGUAUUUGAGAAUUGAAAAUUGCUUAUAUUGUACAGAUUCAAGUGUUUCAUUGCUUUUAAGUUUUCAAAUUUACGUGGAUGUACAAAAUAGCAAAAGUGUUCUGAAUGAAUAACUGAUAUACUUAACAAAAGUUCACACAUAAUAGAGUAAUGAGCAAAUUUGAAAGGUAGAUAAUUUCGUAAACUUUGUCCCAACAUUACAACGUUGUAUAAUUAUGUAAAUUAGCUAAGACAAGAAUGCUAGUAACAACGUGAUAAAAAAAAAACAACCAAAGGAAACCCAUGUUAUGUGGAACAUGCAUGUCUUAUGUAUUAAACUGUACAUGUUAAUUUAUAAGCAAUGACUGUUCUGCCAGUUCUGUCCUUAAUGUCCAAACAAUUCUGUAGAAACACCACAAACUAGUCUUUAACAGUAAUUUAUUGGUCUUUGGUUACAUUAUAAUAAACAUUAGUUUAAUAUUAGAACAAGCUGUUAGUACAUGCUCAAAAGUAAAAAUUUGACAAUAUCAUUUUUAUUUCUUGGUAAAUUUAUGCGUGGAAAAAAUUUAGAAAAUGGUUGCAAUGUAUAUUUCGACAAAUUUACGAAUAAUCCAAAUGAGGCUAGCAGUCGUGAGAUCUCGCUGUGUAAUGUCUUCCUCCCGAACAAUAUUAUUUAUUGAUAUGCUAAAAACAAUGAACAAUAAAAAAAAGCUACUACCCAAACAGCA